AUGGAGAUGGGUAAAAGAGCCGGUAAGACUGAGGCCGAUUCAUCUUGUACGGAUGAAGAAGUGCAGGCAAGAGAGCGGCAAUUGAAUCAGGCGAUUAAAGAUGAUUUAAUUGGGAUUGACGACCUCGCACAAGGCCUUGAUGAUGAUUCCAUCAUAGACGAGGAUGGACAAGACUUUGAAGACAAUCAGCCGGAUUCUCAAGAGGAUUCCUCGUCUGGUGAUUUUAUGGACGAGGAGUUGCCUGACAAGGACGCCUUUUCAACCGAGAAAAUAGACAGCAACGACUUCCUCGAUGACGACGAUGAAACGAACACGUACACCAACGAUAGACACUACUCUCAAGAUCCUAGUGAUGCCCCAAUUGCAUCUUUAGACCUGAAUGAGUUGUAUGUCCGACGCCUUCCCCCUGAAAUCGCGCCGCGUAGCCUGAGUAAUUUCAAUCAUGAAAUUACCCCAACGCCUGAACUGGUGAAGUUUACUUGCAGCUUCUUGGCGCCACCGCCAUCACUUAGCAAGGUUCCCAAUAAUUUUUUUCUGCAAUGUUAUAAAAAGUACCGAUCCAAUCAUGGCAUUACUGGAAAGGAAAAUCUACCCAAAACCGCUUUGACGGCGCCAAACGAACCUCCGCUGCUGAUAUGGCGCUGGGUGCGAGUUCAAAAAAUCUAUCUCGCGCUCAACCCCGAGCAGCGACUGACGAUGCGGAAGAUCUACAAAGGCUUUGUAAAUUUUCUACGCCUGCAUGGCGAGCUAUUUGAGCUGAGUGAGGAUUUGAUGCACGUCAUCGCUCAUGAUCCUCAGGGCAUCUUGGCGCCCAUCGUUCCCACACAAAAAGAUUUCCGUUUCCAACAGCGGGUGGUGCUCCCGAGCGAUUUCGACGACGACACCCGCUCUACCGCCGCCCUGAUUGGCGAGAAGGCUCGCCAAAAAUACCAAGCGAUAUUAGGGAAUAGUCAGAUCCCCACCUUACGUAAACAACUCAUUUUGCUCGAUCCUCAUAACCCUCUUCUCAAUCGCGACGUUUGGUGUGAUGAGGUUGCUCAGCUGCUGCCCAACGAUCGUGCUAUCAAAAAAAACACAAUGCUAACGAAAUUGCCACCUAUUUUAAAGGCUGCUUUAGGGCGACACGCUAAAGCCCAUUUAGUACCGCAUACUAACGAAUAUUUUACUAUUUUCAUCGAUGAAGGGGUUAGUAUGAUACAGAAAACGAAACUUUAUAAGACUAAAGAACUUCAAUUGCCUUUAUUAAGUUCGGAUGAUAGCGUGGAGGCUCUGCGCGCAGCCGUACCCGUAGGCGGCGCCACGCUCUUAGCUCUUCAGUAUUUACACCUUUCCAAACCCGCGGUUAAAGGGUUAAAAGAACACUUUGGGGGCAUUUACACCGCCGUGAAGGCUCAUCCGCAGUAUUUUAAUAUUUGUUCUAGCCCCACCGGUAAAUUGGCCGAUUCAUUGGUUACGAUAAUUGAGUAG